CAGAAGACAUGACAAGCAAUCAUAAAUCGAAGUAAGUAAGCUGACAGGUACAAAAUAAAAUAAGUUUAAGCGUGGUUUUUAGCUACAGAAGUACUGGAUUAAACAUCGUUUAUUAAGAAAUGGAGCAAAUAGUGAUGCUUGUUUAAGCUGUUGACCUGAACAUGGUUUAAUUUAUUACUAAUAAGCCAGAAAAUAACAGCCUUUUAUAAAAGGUCAGGACUUAAUAGUGAUAUUGUUGUUUUACUUUAUAUUAUAAACGUGUUUAUAAUUGUGAGAAAUAUGGAUGAAAACAACGUUGUGGACAGAAAGACGGUAAAAAGUACUGAUGGAAACACAAUAGUAUUAGAAACAGACCGCAUCCGAGUGAAAGAAAGAAUAGGACUGUGGGGAGGAAUUGCGUUUAUCAUGGGAGCGGUGAUUGGAUCGGGAAUUUUCAUCUCUCCAAGGGGGGCGCUUAAAAAUUCAGGAUCUGUUGGGAUGAGUCUUGUUAUCUGGGCUUUAUGUGGAUUUUUGUCGAUGGUAAUUGGGCUUGUCUAUGCUGAACUCGGCGUCCUUCUGCCAAAAUCUGGUGGAGAUUACACUAUUAUUAAAACGGGCAUCGGAGGUAUUCCUGCUUUCCUUGUCUCUUGGACACAGUGCACUGUAACACAUAGUGGAAGCCGUGCUGUUCUGGCUCUCGUAUUUGCAGACUACGUCUGUGCUCCAAUAUUUGGAAAGUGCGAAGCGCCGGACAGCAUACGAAAAUCAAUAGCCGCCGUAGAGCUUUUGCUUCUUGCCAUUACGAACACAAUUAGCGUUCGUCUCGUCUCUUCUAUGCAAGGAUUAUUCACGUGUCUUAAGAUUUUGGCUCUGAUCGUUAUAACCGUCGGAGGAUUUGUUUACCUUUUCCAAGGUAAAACAGAGAACUUCAAUGAUUCUUUUCAUGGUACAACAGAUGAUGUUACAUUAAUAACAUUAGCAAUAUACAGCUGUAUGUGGGCAUACGGUGGAUACAUAAACUUGAAUGAAUUUGCUGAAGAAAUCAUUCAACCGAAGAAAAAUAUUCCAAAAGCAAUCAUCAUUUCAAUGACAUUAGUCACUAUUAUUUACAUCACAACAAAUGUGUCGUACUUUGUAAUGUUGGAAAAAUCAGAGUUUCUAACUGUCCCAGCUGUUGCAUUCACGUGGGGCGAACGUGUCUUAGGAUCUGCAGCCAUACUUAUACCGAUAAGCGUUAUGUGCUCCGUACAUGGGGCCUCCAAUGGUGGUUUUUUCAGCGAUGUCAGGGUACGAUUUGCAGCUGCGCGCGCAGGUCAUUUACCGGAAGUUCUUUCAUUUUUACAUCACAAAUCUCGAAUACCCUUGGCGUCUCUUUUCUUAAAUACCGUGGUGUCCUUGAUUCUGUUGAUUCCAGGUGAUAUAGGAGAACUAAUUAACUUGGUCAGUUUUGUUGGAUUUUUAACGAAUGGUCUUGCAAUAAUCUCUUUUCUGCGAAUACGUUAUCUACGUCGAAAUGAUGUUAGGAACAAGAACGACUUCAGAAUUCCAUUAUUCAUUGCUGUACUGGCUUUGGCAAUAUGUGCAUUUAUGGUUAUAGCGCCGUUCAUAUCCAAUCCGAAAAUAGAAUUUAUGUAUGGCGUCGGCUUUGUUUUGUCUGGACUCAUUUUGUAUAUUCCUUUUGUUUAUUUUGAAUGGCGUUUACCUGGUUGUGAUAAAAUGACUUGUUUGAUGCAAUUGCUUAUGGACAUAUGUCCCACUGUGCUUGAUAAAGAUUUGGAUCCUUGGAUGGAGGAAAGCAAGUGAUGUCAUAAAAGGAGUUUGUAUUACAAUUCUUUGACAGACAAACAUUCUUUCGCCGUUAUUUUUUAUACAGACAUGGUAUUUGUAAAUAAAUGAACAUUUUCUAAACAAAUUAAUUAUGUACAUGAUGGUAAUGAUAAUAAAACAUUAUUUCAAAUGUAACGCUUGUUUA